AUGGCACCACCCAAACGCGCUCUUUUCUCCCUCAAUCUCGACACAGACGCCGACCACGUUUACCAAAGAGUCGAAGACCACAGUAAGCCCAGCGACGAGCGCAUCAAAGUCCUUGAAACCAAAGGGCCUACACAUGGCCAUACCGAUCUAAGUUUCGUAACGAAGCCCUUUGAAAAAACCGUAAAUCGAGCCGUUGAAAACGUGCUCGACGGGAAAAAAGUCGUAUCAAAAGAGGGCGAGAUAACAUACUCUUCCACGAGCUCUGUCGUAGGCUGCGACGACGCAGGCGUCGGCUACAAAAACACGCUGAUCAAAGACCUCGAAUCCGACUCGCGCGUGGCCAGCAUCACAGACGUCGGCGUGCCUUCCUCGUCCGACAAAACCGCCUACCCGCACGUCGCCGUCUCCGCCGCCCAACUCGUCGCCUCGGGCCAAGCCGACCGCGCCCUGCUCAUCUGCGGCACGGGCUUGGGCGUCGCCAUUUCCGCCAACAAAGUGCCCGGCAUCCGCGCCGUGACGGCGCACGAUAGCUUCUCGGUCGAACGCGCGAUUCUGAGUAACGAUGCGCAGGUGCUGUGCAUGGGCGAGAGGGUCGUCGGGAUUGAGCUGGCGAGGCGCCUGGUGAGGGAGUGGUUGGGAUAUAGGUUUGAUCAGUCGAGUGCGAGUGCGAAGAAGGUCGAGGCGAUUAUGGAGCAUGAGAGGAAGAAUUUUGAGGGGUUGGUUAAGGAGCAGGGGGGUCAGGGCUGUUAAGCCUUCUUUUUUUUUAGCUACUAUUAUAAAUGUUAAAGCAAUUUUUUUCUUCUUC